GGUUGGAAAGCGGGUCCUCGUCCUGCAGCGUUCGAACGUGGAGAGAGUGAGUGAGAGAGAGAGAGAAAGAGCAAGGGAAAGCGGUUUGGCGGUUUCACCCAGGAGUUUACAGAGGAGGGCUGGGCCGGAGCGUGUUUGUGUGGGAGACGCAGACAGUGGCUUUGCUGCGCUAACAGCGGAGCAGAAAAGAGUUUGUGCAGAAGACUUGAAGAAGAAAAGAGGACGGGAAGACAGAAGAAAGGAAAGGAAAGGAAGAAACGCGCUGGCCUUGAUCCGGUCUUUCCCUCUCCCUUCCCUCCAGGCCUGAUCCCUUCCGGAAAAGCGAGGGGGCGCGGGAUCGGGGGCAGAGCCGAGUAGGAGGGUGCGUUCCGAGCUCGAGCAGCAUGGCCCCGUUUGCUUUCACACAUCAGUAGAAAGAGGUCCGAGUUCACGGAGAGCAAGGGGGGGAGGAUUCAGAGCCUCGGACUCCGCUGGAACCGAGGGGAGAGGAGACUCUCUGCUCCGGCGUGGAUUCCUGUUUUUCACCGGCGCGACUGUCUCUCGGCGGGCCCGGGGGUUUGGCGUGCGUUAGGCGGGCAGGACAGGCGCGAGAGUGCAGGGUCCGGGCGACGGCCGGCGGAGCAUGGAGCUGGAGAGACCAGAGCGGGCGGGAGAGCCCUGCCUCUCCCCGGCCGCCUUUAUCAACCAGGCGCAGUACUCCAACAUCCUGGAGGGGCGCUUCAAACAGCUGCAGGACGAACGCGAGGCCGUGCAGAAGAAGACCUUCACCAAGUGGGUGAACUCCCACCUGGCCCGCGUCACCUGCCGCAUCCAGGACCUGUACACAGACCUGCGCGAUGGACGCAUGCUCAUCCGUCUGCUGGAGGUGCUGUCGGGGGAGCAGCUGCCCAGGCCCACUAAGGGCCGCAUGCGCAUCCACUGCCUGGAGAACGUGGACAAGGCCCUGCAGUUCCUCAAGGAGCAGAAGGUGCACCUGGAGAACAUGGGCUCCCACGACAUCGUCGACGGCAACCACCGCCUCACCCUGGGCCUCAUCUGGACCAUCAUCCUGCGCUUCCAGAUCCAGGACAUCAGCGUGGAGACGGAGGACAACAAGGAGAGGAAGUCUGCUAAAGACGCCCUCCUGCUGUGGUGCCAGAUGAAGACUGCUGGGUACCCCAACGUCAACGUCCACAACUUCACCACGAGCUGGCGAGAUGGCCUGGCCUUCAACGCUAUCGUCCACAAACACCGACCCGACGUGAUUGACUUCGACACGCUGAAGAAGUCCAACGCCCACUAUAACCUGCAGAAUGCUUUCAACGUGGCGGAGAAGGAGCUAGGCCUCACCAAACUGCUGGACCCUGAAGAUGUCAACGUCGACCAGCCGGAUGAAAAGUCGAUCAUCACCUAUGUGGCUACGUACUACCACUACUUCUCCAAGAUGAAGGCCCUCGCUGUGGAGGGCAAGAGGAUUGGCAAGGUGCUGGACUACGCCAUUGAGGCGGACCAGCUGAUUGAGAAGUACGAGACGCUGGCCUCUGAGCUGCUGCAGUGGAUCGAGCAGACCAUCCUCACCCUGAACGACCGGCAGCUGGCCAACUCCCUGAGCGGGGUGCAGAACCAGCUGCAGGCCUUCAACACCUACCGCACCGUGGAGAAACCGCCCAAGUUCACUGAGAAGGGGAACCUGGAGGUCCUGCUCUUCACCAUCCAGAGCAAGAUGAGGGCCAACAACCAGAAGGUGUACAUGCCCCGAGAGGGCAAGCUCAUCUCCGACAUCAACAAGGCCUGGGAGCGUCUGGAGAAGGCGGAGCACGAACGGGAGCUGGCCCUGCGUAAUGAGCUCAUUCGACAGGAGAAGCUGGAGAUGCUGGCGGCUCGCUUUGACCGCAAGGCCGCCAUGAGGGAGACGUGGCUGAGCGAGAACCAGCGGCUCGUCUCUCAGGACAACUUCGGCCUGGACCUGGGGGCGGUGGAUGCGGCCACGCGGAAGCACGAGGCCAUCGAGACGGACAUCGUGGCGUACGGCGAGCGCGUGGCGGCCGUGGAGGCGGUGGCCCGGGAGCUGGAGGCGGAGGGAUACCACGACGUCCGGCGGGUGGGGGUGCGGCGGGACAACGUGCUGCGGCUCUGGGAGUACCUGAAGGAGCUGCUGGCCACGCGCCGCGAACGGCUAACCGCCCACCGGGACCUGCAGCGGCUGCUGCAGGAGAUGACCUACAUCAUGGACUGGAUGGGGGACAUGAAGGGCCGGCUGCAGUCCCAGGACAGCGGGAAGCACCUGCACGACGUGGAGGACCUGCUGCAGACCCACACGCUGGUGGAGGCCGACAUCUCCGCCCAGGCCGAGAGGGUCCCGGCCGUGCAGUCUGCUGCACAGCGUUUCACUGACCCGGAGCAGAGCUACAUGCCCUGUGAGCCGGGCCUGGUGAGCGACAGGGUGGCCCUGCUGGGCCAGGCCUACGAGGAGCUGGGCCAGCUGGCGGGGCAGCGGAGGGAGCGCCUGGAGGACUCGCGCCGCCUCUGGCACCUCCUGUGGGAGCUGGGCGAGGAGGCGGCCUGGAUCCGCGAGCAGGAGCAGAUCCUGGCGGGAGGGGACUGCGGCCGCGACCUCACCUCCGCCCUCCACCUGCUCAGCAAGCACGAGGCCUUCUGCGAGGAGAUGGCCGCCCGCUACGCGCCCCUCAGCAACAGCAUCGCCAUCGGGGAGGGCCUGGUGGAGGAGGGGCACUUCGGCGCCCCGGAGAUCAGCGAGAGGGUGGCGGACGUCCGGGCACAGUGGGCACAUCUGGAGGAGACGUCUCAGCAGAGGGAGCAGCGUCUGAGGGAGGCCGUGGCGCUCCACCAGUUCCAGACCGACGCCAACGACAUGGAGGCCUGGAUCCAGGAGGCGCUGCGCAGGGUGUCCAGCGCCGAGGUGGGGCACGACGAGUUCUCCACCCAGACGCUGGCCCGCAAGCAGCGCGAGGUGGAGGAGGAGAUCCAGAGCCACCGCGGCCUCAUCGACUCGCUGCACGAGCAGGCCCUGGCCCUGCCGCCCGACUACGCCCAGUCCCCAGAGGUGGAGGGCCGUCUCCCCGCUAUCGAGCAGCGGUACGAGGAGCUGGUGGCCCUGUCGGCCGCGCGGCGGCAGGCCCUGGAGGGCGCGCUGGCUCUGUACCACAUGUUCAGCGAGGCGGACGCCUGCCAGCUGUGGGUGGAGGAGAAGGAGCAGUGGCUGGACACCAUGGAGAUCCCCAGCAAGCUGGAGGACCUGGAGGUGGUGCAGCAGAGGUUUGAAACACUGGAAACGGAGAUGAAUAACCAUGGCGCUCGCAUCGCUGACGUGAACCAGGUGGCCGAGCAGCUGCUGAGCACUGACCACUGCAGCAAAGACCAGAUCCACCAGACCCAGGACCAGCUCAACGCCAGGUGGAAGGAGUUCCAGGAUUUGGCCAACAAGAGGAAGCACGCCCUGGAAUCUGCGCUCAACUUCCAGAACUACCUCCUGGAGUGCAACGAGAUCCAGAGCUGGAUGAAGGAGAAGACGAAGGUGAUCGAGUCCACCCAGAGCCUGGGCAACGACCUGGCCGGGGUCAUGGCCCUGCAGCGCAAGCUCACCGGCAUGGAGCGUGACCUGGAGGCUAUUCAGGGCAAGCUGGACGACUUGCGUCAGGAGGCCCAGAAGCUGACCGAGGAGCACCCGGACCAGGCGGACGAGGUGCAGGCCCGGCUGGCGGAGAUCCAGGAGGUGUGGGACGAGCUGACGGCCACCAUGAAGCGGCGGGAGGACAGCCUGGGCGAGGCCAGCAAGCUGCAGGGCUUCCUGAGGGACCUGGACGGCUUCCAGUCCUGGCUGUCCCGCACCACCACGGCCGUGGCCUCCGAGGACACGCCCACCUCGCUGGAGGAGGCCGAGAAGCUGCUCAUGCAGCACGAGGCCAUCAAGACCGAGGUGGACAACUACAAGGAGGACUAUGAGAAGAUGCGGGCGGUGGGCGAGGAGGUGACCCAGGGCCAGACGGACGCCCAGCACAUGUUCCUGGCGCAGAGGCUGCAGGCGCUGGACACGGGCUGGCACGAGCUGGGUCGCAUGUGGGAGAACCGCCACAACCUGCUGGUGCAGGCCUGCAACUUCCAGAACUUCCUGCGCGACGCCAAGCAGGCCGAGGGAUUCCUCAACAGCCAGGAGUACAUCCUGUCCCACACCGAGAUGCCCAACAGCCUGCAGGCGGCCGAGGCGGCCAUCAAGAAGCACGAGGACUUCCUCACCACCAUGGAGGCCAGCGAGGACAAGAUCCUGGGCGUGGUGGAGACCGGCCGCCGCCUGGUGAACGAGAACAACGCCAACGCCGACAAGGUCCAGGAGAAGGCCGACUCUAUCCAGGAGAGACACCAGAAGAACAAAGAGGGUGCCAGCGAGCUCCUGGCCAAACUGAAAGACAACCGUGAGCUGCAGAGCUUCCUGCAGGACGGACAGGAGCUGAGCCUGUGGAUCGAUGAGAAGAUGCUGACGGCCCAGGACAUGUCGUACGACGAGGCCAGGAACCUCCACAGCAAGUGGCAGAAACACCAGGCCUUCAUGGCUGAGCUGGCCUCCAACAAAGACUGGCUGGACAAGAUUCGCGAGGAGGGGGAGGCGCUCGUCAGGGAGAAGCCAGAGCUGGAGCCCGUGGUGACGCAGACGCUGGAGGGCCUGAAGAAGCAGUGGGAGGACCUCGAGGCCACCACCAAGACUAAGGCGCAGUGUCUGUUUGACGCCAACAGGGCGGAGCUGUUCACCCAGAGCUGCUCGGCCCUGGACUCCUGGGUGAACAACCUGUCCUCUCAGCUGCACAGCGACGACUACGGCAAGGACCUGACCAGCGUCAACAUCCUGCUCAAGAAGCACCAGAUGCUGGAGCACCAGAUGGAGGUGCGUGAGAAGGAGGUCCAGGCUCUGCAGUCCCAGGCCCUGGCUCUCUCCCAGGAGGACGCCGGGAUGGUGGAGGUGGACGGCCAGCAGAGGAAGAUGGCCGACAGCUUCUCCGACCUCCUGGAUCCCCUCAAGAAGAGGCGGGAUCUCCUCCUGGCCUCCAAGGAGGCGCACCAGUUCAACCGUGACCUGGAGGACGAGAUUCUGUGGGUGAAGGAAAGGAUGCCACUGGCCACCUCCUCUGAUCACGGCAAGGACCUGCCCAGCGUUCAGCUGCUCAUCAAGAAGAACCAGACCCUGCAGAAGGAGAUCCAGGGCCACCAGCCGCGCAUCGAUGACAUCCUGGCGCACGGGCGCUCCAUGGCCCAAGAGGAGGAGACGGACGGGGGUUCCCGGCCGGGGCAGGAGGGCCGGCUGGCGGAGCUGCGGGACUCCUGGGCCCAGCUCAUUGACGAGACGGAGCGGCGACACGGCCGUCUGGUGGACGCCAACCGCGCGCAGCAGUUCUACACCGACGUGGCUGAGGCCGAGGCCUGGAUGGGCGAGCAGGAGCUGCACAUGAUGUCGGAGGAGAAGGCCAAGGAUGAGCAGAGCGCCUUGGCGAUGGUGAAGAAGCACCAGAGUGUGGAGCAGGCCCUGGAGGACUACGCCCAGACCAUCCACCAGCUGGCCAACAGCAGCCGGCUCAUGCUGACCGGAGAGCACCCGGAGAGCGAGCGGAUCACUCUACGGCAAGCCCAGGUGGACAAGCUGUACGCGGGCCUGAAGGACCUGGCGGAGGAGCGCCGGGGGCGUCUGCAGGACAGCCUGCGCCUCACGCAGCUCAAGAGGGAGGUGGACGACCUGGAGCAGUGGAUCUCCGAGAGGGAGGUGGUGGCUGGCUCCCACGAGCAGGGGCAGGACUACGAGCACGUCACGAUGCUGAGGGACAAGUUCCGGGAGUUCGCCCGGGACACGAGCUCGAUCGGGCAGGAGCGCGUGGACGGGGUGAACGCGCUGGCGGACGACCUGAUCGAGUCGGGCCACCCGGAGAACGCCAGCGUGGCGGAGUGGAAGGACGGGCUGAACGACUCGUGGGCGGACCUGCUGGAGCUGAUGGACACGCGCACGCAGAUGCUGGCCGCCUCCUACGAGCUGCACCGCUUCCACCAGGACGCCCGCGAGGUCUUGGGCCGCGUGCGCGAGAAGACCGACGCCCUGCCCGACGAGCUGGGCCGCGACCUCAACUCCGUGCAGCACCUGCACCGCCAGCACACCGCCUACGAGCACGACAUCCAGGCCCUCAGCGGGCAGGUGCGGCAGGUGCAGGAGGACGCGGCGCGGCUGCAGAAGGCCUAUGCCGGGGAGAAGGCAGACGACAUCCAGAAGCACGAGCGCGCCGUGGCGGAGGCCUGGGAGGCCCUGCUGGCCGCCGGACAGUCCCGCCGGCUCCUCCUGCUGGACACGGUGGAGAAGUUCCGCUUCUUCAGCAUGGUGCGCGACCUCAUGCUGUGGAUGGACGGGGUCAAGCUGCAGAUCGAUGCCCACGACAGCCCCAGGGAUGUGUCAUCGGCUGGACUGGUCAUUGCCAACCACCAGGACAUAAAGUCAGAGAUCGAGGCCAGGGACGACAGCUUCACUGCCUGCAACAGCAUGGGCAAAAUGCUCAUCAACAACAACCACUACGCUGCAGACGAGGUCCAGGAAAAGCUGGAUCAGCUGCAGGCCAAAAGGGACCAGAUCAACAAGAAGUGGAAAGACAAGAUGGAGCACCUUCAGAUAAUGCUGGAGGUGCUGCAGUUCGGGCGGGAUGCCUCCCAGGCGGAGUGCUGGCUGGCGGGGCACGAGCCGCUGGUGCGGGCGGCGGAGCUGGGCUCCAACGUGGACGAGGUGGAGAACCUGAUCAAACGGCACGAGGCCUUCGAGAAGAUGGCCGCCGGCUGGGACGAGCGCUUCACCCUGCUGGAGAAACUCACCACGCUGGAGGAGCAGGAGCUCCAGAAGAAGCAGGAGGAAGAGGAGAGGGCGCGGCGACCCCCCACACCCCCGCCGGCUGAGGAGGUGGUACAGUCCGAAGCAGAGAGCCUAGCGCACGAGUCCGCAGCCAGAACCAGCUUGGACCAGACCACUCUGAACCAGUCGGUGUCUGUGAACGGGGUCCACAGCGACCAGGACACCUCGCAGUCAGUGUCUGUGGCCAAGACACCUGACCCUAUGCCCCUGUCCCCGGAGCCUGGGUCCGAACCCGAGUCUGUGAACGGACCUGCUGUGGACGAGCCCCCCCCAGCACAGCCGCCAUCGCACCCGGACGCCUCAGCCACGCUGCCCCCCAAGGGCAGCCCGGAGCUGCCUGCAGCCGCCACCAUGGAGGGCUCCCUGCACCGCAAGCAGGAGAUGGAGUCCCACAGCAAGAAGGCAGCCAGCAGGUCCUGGCAGCAUGUGUACUGCGUCCUCUGCAAGGGCAACCUGGGCUUCUACAAGGACAGCAAGAGCGCCGUCAGCGGCCUGCCCUACCACGGAGAGGUGCCCAUCAGCCUGGGUGACGCCACCUGCCAGGUCGCCCACGACUACAAGAAGAAGAAGCACGUCUUCAAGCUCCGGCUGAGUGACGGAAAGGAGUUCCUCUUUCAGGCUAAAGACGAGGUUGAGAUGAGCUCCUGGAUCCAGGCCAUCGGCUCGGCCAUCCAGGCCGGGGAUGGUGGGGCGGGGGACGGCUCCCCAAUGGGCCCCAAAGUCCUGACCCGGGCCAUGACCAUGCCCCCCAUCUCCCCCAACUCGGGGGAGGCCGGCGGGGUCACCAUGCGCGGCAAGGACGGCAAGGAGCGCGACCGCGAGAAGCGCUUCAGCUUCUUCAGCAAGAAGAAAUAACCGCCGGGACCACCGAGCGGCGCACCCAACCGGUCAGAAAGGAAAGGCAAACGUGUCGCGUCAAAACAUCGUCUCUCCAUCCCGAGCCGCCUCUCCCACUCAUCCUCCAGCUCGCAGCGGGGCCCCUCGUCACUCCAUCCAGACCCGACCAAUCGUCAGCGCAUUCUUCCCCCUCUUACGUUCGGUCGACUGUUGAUUAGCCGGAUUUGAUUGGCCGAGCCGGCCGACGAUGUAUUGCUAGGUUCCAACAAACGGAAAGCGGGCGCAGUUGAGCGAGGGGGAGCUGCAAGUCCAGCAGAAAUUAGGAAACUAGGCGACAUUUUGGAUCUGCUUUCAGGCCCGAGCGCCAACUGAGCAAGUCCACUUCUGAUCCAUUCCCUGAGUCUUCUACUCCUCAAGUACAGAUCCUGCUCAAACAGUCACAGCGAGAGGAACAAGCCUGUUCCAGAAGGUGUUCACUCUAAGGGUGUCCCCUGUGCCCAGACACCUUUGUUUAAAUGGUUCCGAGGAUGAGAUAAGUCUUAUGUUAAUUUCUCCUCUCUCACUCUUCAUGUGAAAUUGCUUGAAGGACCUUAAUUUUAUCCCUUAUUGCUGUUGUUAGUAUUAUUCACGUGCCAUGAAUUUCUUUUUUUUUUUUUUUCUAAAGAAGAUUUUCAAGAAUGUGUAUGUAUAAGUAUCUUUGUUACAAAGAAAAGCGAAACAUAAAAACAACUCUGUAAACCUGUUCUUAUGGGACCAUGUUGGUCGCUGACAUCUUGUUUUUGUUUGGGUUUUUUUUUUUUUUUUUUAAACUACCCUUCUCUCAAAUUAUUUUUUUUAAAGAACAGACUACAUUUGAGGAUCUGCACAAAGUUUGUCAGAAGAGAAAUUAUUUAGUCGGAAAAAUUAUAUAUUAAUUUUUUUAAAGAUCUUGAAUUGUAUUUUAUUUUAUUAUUUGGUAAUGACUCAUUUUGUUUUUCUUUUUCUUAAAUGAGAUUCUUCCAGUUUAGCAGAGCGUUUGAAGUGGUGCAUUUUUAAGCCAUUAUCAUUUUUCUGCAUCUAAAGGCAUGAUGAUGUCAGUUCUUCCUGUUCCACAGGGACAAAAGUUGGUGGUUUGGCUAUCUUUGAAGAAGGUUUGGUUUGAGUCUGUAGGGUUUCUACUUCUCUCCUACAUUUCUUUCAGGCUAAUUUGUAUCUGUUUCUUUAUCUCUAAAACAUGAAAUUUUUCUUAGUCUUUGCCAGGGUUUAUACUGUCAAAAUCAAAAGCUAAAUAAAAGAAUGGAAAAGACAAAAUUGUGAUGCAAUAGCGGGGAAAUUUUUGUUUGGGAGAAUACAGUGAUGUUUUUACACAUGCCUAGCUGUUCAGGAUGGCAGAGAUAAUGAUUUGGAACCCUAAUUUGGAAAGAUUAACGGUUUGGUUAUGGUUUUGCUCAUAGCUUUCUCUGCAAUAUUAUAUAUACACAUAUAUAUUGAGGAAAUAUUACAGUAUGCGUUAACAUCCAUAUGUGAUAUUUUUGUCCCUAUCCUAUGCUUACAAUUUCCUCACUGUGGACCAAAUUGGGAACAAAAUUCAUCUUAAAGAUUUAUACAUUCAUAAAUUCAGAUGUUCUGUUGCUGUGAUUGUAUAGUGUGGGAUUGCUUGGGGUCAGGCUUCAGGUCAUUGCUGUGUCAUUAAUGCAGUGAGCUCGAUAAGCACAUACAAUGUACUGUGAGCCCAACAGACUGGCCUCUGCGGUCUCAGAGAAGUUCUCGCUCAUCCAUGUUGUCCUCUGAGCCGUGGAAAGGCGGUGGGUGUAACCCGUGCGGUCUCUUGUUGUCCAGAUCUGUAGAGCUUUGUUGUUCCCAGCAUGGCCCUAAAUAAUCGGUGACUGAAUCCUGAUACUGUGAAUCCAUUGGGGAGUCUCAUUAAAUGACACAGGCUGCAGCUCAUAUUCUUCCCCCUAACUUCAUUCUGCUUUCCUUAACCUCUGGAACAUGUAGCACAAAUAUUAAUGAGAGGAAAUGAAGGUUGGCUUCAUCAAAGGAAAUUAAUUCAUGGGAAGAUGAUGUUUUUUGUGUGAAGCAAUCGGAGUAAGGUCCCUGGAAUAUAAUUGGCCUCUGUAGCAUCCAAUAGGGAGGCCUUCACUUAAGUAAAAUGUACAUUUGGAGGAGUGACUGCUGAGGGUGCAACAUGAGCGUCGUCUUUGCAUGCUGGGAUUGCUUUCUUGGCUUCUCUCUACUGUGAUGUCAUCCAUGCGAUAUCCAAUAAGAAUACUCUUCUUGCGGAGCCGGUCCUGUGAAUGGCUGUUUGAGCCCGGAGGUUAGACUCGCCUGUCAAACCACACACUCCUAGCCUAGCCAGAGCAGAUUCCCACACAGAGAGGCAAUUAUGCCCUUCACACCUAGCCAGCGCUGGGUUUAGAGUUCACGCUCUGCGGUCAUGAACUCUAUAGUGGUAUACCACUGGAGUCUCCUUGGCUCGAGUCCUAAUGUACAACAGAGUUCCUUCAUCAGGAAGAUGUUUCCGCACUGCAGGGCUUGCAUCUUACACAGAUACAUCAGCUUUGUUGUUCUCUCGACAGGCCGCGCUGUUCAGGUGUGUGAAACGAGGGCGUAGAUGACCCGUUCUCCAGAUGAGACUCAAGAGGAGCCUGCCCGUGUUUCAUUUUGAUGUUGACGGGCAAAUGCGCUUCAGCCGCCACCGGCCCGGAGCGUUGUUCCUAUCCGGCAUGCAGUCUUUCUGUCGACGGCAGGCGGCAUUGGCAGACGUUGGAAACUAUUGUUAGACGCAAGAGCACUAGCACUUACAGAUGAGCUUCAGUGCGGCGUCUGCGGUUCACACACGCACACGCCCACGCAGUAGUGUGACCAUAGUGACGAUCGCCAGGCAGCAAGCGGCGCCGUUUUCUUGAUUAUAAUUUUCAAGGGUAAUCUGAGGGUUGUCUUUGAAAUUUAAGUGGUUUAUUUUUAACAAUGUUCACCAAAGGAACAAGAAAAACGAUUUUUGCGAGCAUCGGGCUGUGAGUGGACGCGCUCGUGAUCCUCAAGCAGUGCACUGUGAAGCCGGUAAAGAUGUUGGUUCCUUCUUAAAGACAAAGCCAGAUGAAAAUCUAUGUAAGGCUUGUAUUUUCUGAUCCAGUAUUAUUGUGUAUUUAGUGACCCCAACAAUCCCUCACUCCAUGUCACGUUAUAUUGUUAUACAAUAUUCUUUUUUUUUUUUUUUUGACUGAUUCUCAUUCCAAGCUAUUAAUUCCACUACUAUGAGUUAUGACAAUUAUUAUUACUACUUCAAACUACUACUACUGCAAGUUACUACUGUUACUUAUUCCUACAGAUAUUACUACUGUUCAUUUUCAGGUACGUGUCUGCAGUGCCAGACUUUUCCACAGUGUCAGCGUGGUGUGGAGCAUUUUCAUUGCAGAUAGAAUAACAUUUGUUGACUUGUGUAUCUAUACAAAAUACAAAAAAAAAACAAUAAAAUAUAAUUUAAAAGAAAA